CUCUUCUAAGAAAUUCUUAAAGCCAAAUGCCAUAGUUUCGAUGAAAAAUGUGAAGGAUGGUAAAAUCAACCAUGCUGACGAAAGUGAAGUACCGUAUUUCCAGGCAAUGGAUAGAAUAAUUAUGCAUGAAAUGGCAAAAGCAAAAUCUGCUGAAAGCAUACCUCAAGGAUGCACUUUUCAGGAGUACUCAGCCACUACUGACUCCUUAAAUCUCAAUCAAGAAAUCAAAAAUACUGAAGAUAAUUCUUCAGAGAUAUACAAUGUGAUGGUGCCUAUUGACAAGUUUCACAUCAGAAAGAAUGAGAAAAACAGUGAGAUGAUUAAGGGUCGAUUCGAUCUUCGAAUAAACUAUGAUCUCCCAAUGAGUCAAUAAAAGUGCAGAGUCUCGCAGAGGAGCCGAUAGCGUUCUAUGUUCAUAAGAAUCGUCAAUUCAUGCAGCGGCUGAAGAAGAAAUUUGAUAUAAGGAAAUUGCAAAGCAGGGAAGUCAACUCCCCUUUCGGCCUUUCAAAAUCACGGCUUAGUGCCAGGCAUGGCAAACCUGUCUCAGGGAGAUUGCUCUGAAAAGAGAUGAAGGAGAUGCUCAGCGGAGAAAACCUGUUUAACUACAAUUCAUCAAAAAGUAACUAAGAAGGAAUCAAAAGAUAAUUUAAAAAAUAUUUUUCAAGAGCAACUAUUUGGUCUUGAAAAUAAGCAUUCUUUAGGAUUAUUUGAGGAUAAGAGACCUAAGAUACAGAAGGCCAAAGUAAAAUAAACUGAAGAAGUCCAAUAUCUUGAAGAGACUAAUGAGCCCUAAAAUUGGCCGCGGAAAGAAUAAACUUAUGUUUAAAACUCAACCAAAAUCUUCCGUACUAAAAAGCCGAGGGUAUGACAGUAGAAAGAGGCAGAGUCCGAGCGCUCCAACUGGGCGUCCAAGGACAGGAUCAACAACUUUCAGUAAGAGCAGAUUUUCGUUUUGUAACAGAAACCACCAAAACAAACUUGAGAGUAUAAUGAGCGAGUCUGAGAAUCAUGGAAAUAGUCAAGUAAAACUAGUCUCUGAUGCGAAGUUAUAUAUGAAGAAGAUCAACAAGGUCUUUGAUAAAACUCUGGAAAAUAUCAAUACAUCUAGGAUGCUUCGUACAAGCAAGGGAGUCCUGUGCACAUCUCUUGAGGAAGCUUAUUUGGAAAAGCUUGGUGAAAUCAAAAAUGAGGAUAAAGAGGUAAAUAAAAUAAUUUCUGAGUAUCACUAUGAAGUUCUCCACCCAGACCCAAAGAUGGUAAGGCUGGAGAUUCAAUGCAAUAAAAUGAAAAAGAAGAAAUUAUUUUCUACUGGAAAUCCAUAGAAAUUCU